AUGAGCUUCCCCGCUGCCAAAACGGACCCAGGCCAACCCCUCGAAGAGGAGCGACUCCCUUGGUAUAACCCUGAUCAAUUCUAUCCGGUUCGCAUCGGAGAAAUUCUCGACUCCAGCUACAAGGUACUGGGGAAGCUCGGGUACGGCGCAUAUUCUACAGUCUGGCUUUGUCGAAACAUCAGAGAUGCCGGCUUUGUCGCAAUAAAGUUCUACGAGCACAUCAGUUCACUCAGUUCUCAGCACCAUGGUCAAUUCUUCAUUCGCGGUCUAUUGGGAACAUUCGAAAUCACCGGCCCUACCGACAUUAAUCCGUCAAAUAUUAUGUUAACCGUGGAUGACGAAUCUGUACUCGAUGAUUUUGAAAGAGCCGAAACAGAGGAACCAUCACCGACAAAAGUCAUCAACGAUAUCCGCAUCAUCUACAGCUCCCGUAAACUCGGUCUACCUAGGGAUUCCCUGUGGGGUCAACCAGUCCUCUGUGACUUCGGAGAAGCUCGAAUAGGAGAGUCUCACAGAGGUCUAAUCCAGCCCGAGCUAUACCGUGCCCCAGAGGUAUUGUUUGAUAUGGAAUGGAGUUCGAGUGUUGAUAUUUGGAACGUUGCCGCUUUAAUCUGGGAUCUGUUCGAGAAUCGACACUUGUUCAACGCGGUCGAUGAAAAUCUGGAGCCGUCGGCAACCCACCACGUCGCCGAAAUGGUUGCAUAUCUCGGUUUGCCUCCUCUCCAGUACAUACCAAGAAGCGAGAUCACGAAGAAAGUUUUUAACGAGCAAGGACGCUGGAAGGGUGCUGGAGGUACGGUUGUACCGCAGCUUUCCCUUGAAGAAUCAGUAUCCGCCCUCGAUGGUGAAACCAAAGAGCAGUUUCUCAAUUUCAUAAGAUCAAUGCUCAAAUGGUUACCAGAGAAGAGAAAGCAAGCCUCUGAACUCCUCAAAGACCCAUGGAUGGCUAGAGCAAUACCAUAG